UUUUUAGCCGUUGGAACAGUUGGAAGUGGAGUGCGUGUUAAACGAAUCGUUGCAUUUCUCUUUCACCACUUGCACACGAUAAACUCUCACACACAGGUGCAGUGUUUGUUUCGUGGUGCAUGUAUUUGUGUGCUCGCGUGCGGUGUGCGUUUGCAUGAGCGUGUGUGUAUGUGUGUGAGGGCGCGCGAAGAUACAACAACAAAAGCUGAGGCCAAAUUUAAAGCAGAAGCAGCAGUUAGUUAAGUUCCACACACACUCAGUAAUAAUAAUCACAGUCAGCUGUGCGUUUUGCUUUGUAUUCUUCGACGGCAGAGAAAUGUGUGAAAUAUAAAUGCAAAUUAUAAAUAUAAUAAGCAUAAAUUACAAAUUAUUAGCGUGAAUAUUUUCAGUUGAGCCAAACAAAUAAAAGUGCGCAAACAAAUUCAACGCUUGCUCCCUCCAACAAUAAUAACAACAACAUCAACAACGAAACAUAACAAUCGCGAGUGCAGUAUUUAUAGUGAGUGUGUUCUGUUCUCUUCGUGCUUGGGAGUAUUGUUGUGCCACAAGAGUGCCUGACGUGUCCGUUCAGGUUCUGCCAUAAUCCUCAGUAUACGUUUUGACAGCAAAAUCAAAGCACUGCGCCAACCGAAGUGCUGUGUAGCGGUCACAUCAACAACAGCAGUCGGAGGAGGAGCAGCAUUCGAACUUGUGGAUAGAGGGUGCGAUAAGAACUCCUGGAAAUAACGUUCAAGCUACAUGUACAAAAAAUAAAUAAAUAAUUGAUAAGGUCGCCGCAUUGAGGCUGAGUGCACAAGGAGGACACUGUUAAAUUGACUUAACAAAACGUGUGGCACCCACAACACAAAAGGACAUCAACAACAACGACGUCAACGACGACGACGACGACUCGCUUCCUUCAUAUCGUAACUUCAGACUGAUUUACUCACUCACUGACUGCAGGCCAAAUUGCACACAAAACUACAGAGAAACAGAGAGAUAGAGAAAAACUUGAGCAUAUAAAAUAGAGCAAAAGCCAGCAAGCAAUUCAAGUGAAAUACCAACAAAUUGAAAUUCGUGUCUCUUGUGAAGACGUGUGGAAUGUGCAACAGCAACAGCAACAGCAGCAGCAGGAACAGCAGGAACAAUUGCGAAAAUACGAAGAAUCAAAAGCAUAUCAGCUUCUCAGCAUCUGAAUUGAAAAGCAAAUCAGCCGAACCUCUCUGAGUCUGAGCACAUAUCGUGGCACAUAAAUCAAAUGGAGAUCCUAGCGCACAUUGAUUAAUGUUACGUAUACGCAACGUGGCCCAACCACGAGGCGGCGCACUAUAAUUGAAGCACUCAGCAACUUCCACAGGCCAUUAAACCACACGCGCUGCACAAUAAUAACAAAAGGCCCCCCCUUCCGACCCACAACAAAGGGUCUCGCAACAAACAUUAACCAGAGCACAAAAGAACCGACUACAAACUCAUCAUGGUAUUUAUUUGGCGUCGACGUUCCACAACAAUUGUCAAGCUGGUGGCAUUGAUGCUGGCCAUUUGGUUUUGCAUUGCCUUUCUCAUCUAUACGGAUGAUACACGCCGGCGAGCAGCGCAGGAAACCAGCGGAUUCGGUGCCGGAGCCGGCGUCGGAGCGGGAGUUGGUGGCUCCAGCGGCGGGGAUCCAAUUGCAUUGGCCCUGAAAAAUGGUCCAGACUCGGGCGAAGAGCUAGCUGGCGAUGGCUUUGCUAUUAAUGGCAAUGCCAUUGUUGGCGCAGAUCGCGAUGCCCCACAAGAGGCGGAUGUGCCGCCAACGGCCAAGCCCAAGUCAAAGUCCGUCCACCAUAACGUCGUGGUGCAUCCGGAGGAGAAGGUCGUCAACAAGCAGGAGGCCAAGGAGGAUGACAAAAAUGUGUUGGAUGCCCCAGCACCCAAUCCGGAUGAUAGUCCUGGUGAAUUGGGCAAACCCGUUGUGCUGCCAAAACAAAUGUCUCCCGAGAUGAAGAAGGCUGUGGAUGACGGCUGGACAAAGAACGCAUUCAACCAAUAUGUUUCGGAUCUGAUAUCGGUGCAUCGCACUCUGCCCGAUCCCCGCGAUGCCUGGUGCAAGGAUUCGGCUCGCUAUCUGAGCAAUUUACCCAAAACGGAUGUGAUUAUUUGCUUCCACAAUGAGGCGUGGUCCGUGCUAUUGCGAACAGUUCACUCCGUGCUGGACAGAUCGCCACCUGAGCUUAUUGGCAAGAUCAUUCUGGUCGAUGACUACAGCGAUAUGCCUCACCUCAAGAAACAACUGGAAGAUUACUUUGUUGCCUAUCCUAAGGUGGAAAUUGUGCGAGGUCCGCAGCGCGAGGGAUUGAUUCGUGCCCGUUUGUUAGGUGCCAAAUAUGCCAAGUCCGCAGUAAUCACAUAUCUCGACUCGCAUUGCGAGUGCGCCGAAGGUUGGCUGGAACCAUUAUUGGAUCGCAUUGCACGCAACUCAACGACCGUUGUCUGUCCAGUUAUUGAUGUUAUCGACGAUACGACCCUCGAGUUCCACUAUCGCGACUCCAGUGGCGUCAAUGUGGGUGGCUUCGAUUGGAAUUUGCAGUUUAGCUGGCAUGCGGUGCCGGAACGUGAGAAAAAGCGCCAUAACAGCACAUCGGAACCUGUUUAUUCACCCACAAUGGCCGGGGGUCUCUUUUCCAUCGACCGCGAGUUCUUCGAGCGUCUGGGCACCUACGAUUCCGGCUUCGAUAUCUGGGGUGGCGAGAAUCUCGAGCUGUCAUUCAAGACGUGGAUGUGCGGCGGUACUCUCGAAAUUGUGCCCUGCUCCCAUGUGGGUCACAUCUUCCGCAAACGUUCUCCAUACAAGUGGCGCACGGGCGUGAAUGUGCUGAAGAAGAAUUCCGUACGCUUGGCUGAGGUCUGGAUGGACGAUUACUCCAAAUAUUACUAUCAGCGCAUUGGCAACGAUAAAGGCGAUUAUGGCGAUAUCAGCGAUCGCGUCAAGCUUCGUGAGGAUCUGGAGUGCAAAAGUUUCAAAUGGUAUUUGGAUAACAUCUACCCCGAGCUCUUCAUACCCGGCGAUGCUGUGGCCAAUGGCGAGAUAAGAAACUUAGGUUAUGGCGGUCGCACCUGCUUGGACUCGCCAUCUGGCAGACGCAACUUGAAGAAGGCUGUUGGCUUGUAUCCUUGCCACAAGCAGGGUGGCAAUCAGUACUGGAUGCUUAGCAAAUCGGGUGAAAUUCGACGUGACACUGCCUGCCUUGACUAUGCUGGUAAAGAUGUGAUACUCUUCGGUUGCCAUGGCUCCAAGGGCAAUCAGUUCUGGACAUACCGUGAGGGCACAAAGCAGCUGCAUCACGGCUCCUCGGGCAAGUGCCUGGCCAUCAACGAGAGCAAGGAUAAGCUGAUCAUGGAGGAGUGCGAUCCACGAUUUGUGCGCCAGCAGUGGCUGAUGGAGAACUACGACAGUUCGAAAUUGUGAGGCUACUUCUUUGCGAAGGGCACUCUACUGGUGGCCACAUCGCAGAGUCAGCGCGCAUAGCACAGACACUAAGAAGGACGCAGGAGUUGAAGGAGUUGAUAUAGAGAGAGACGGAACAGAGAAAGGAUGUGUUAGUUUGUAAGCCCCGCGAGCGUUGUGCAAUAGGCAGUAGUUAAAGUAUUUGCCAUGGUUUUUUAACUGAAGCAUUGAAAUGCGUUUAAAACACACACAUGCACACAUACAUAAAUACUAAAAAAAAAAAGCAAAAACAAAUAUAUUAGGAUAGAGUACUAUUUUUAAAAUUUUA